AUGGGUCCAUUCCAUUUAUUUAGUGUGUUUAUGGUGUCUUUUCUUAAUGUGGCACAGAAAAGAAACAGAAAUAAAAUUUCCGAGUCAUUUCCUAAUUUCAAUAUUAUUUUUCGACAGAAUGGUGAGAAGAAUCUUCCCAACCAAAACGAUGAUCUCCCUCACAAUUACCGAGGCAGACUAUUGAGAAAUGAGCAGUGUAAAUCUAUGAGAGAAUAUCGCUGGAGGGACCGAGUUGAUGUUGAUUCCAGUGAAAAUAAAUCAGCAGCCUGUGUUCCCGAGGGACCGACCUUAAGAUCUGCCUUGCCAUAUCAAAAAGUUCCAAAUAUGAAUCAGUCUUACGUGGUGAAUCUGGAAAUGUUAACAACCGCUUUGGAGGAAUGUAUGAAUUGUCACGAAGGACCCCUAGAUUUGAGAAACAGUUGCAACGUUCACAACGAAGGAGUGUGUCCAGUCAUGAAAGUAAAAUGUGCCCGGUGUGAUCACAUUAAUAUUCUUCGCCCAGCAGAACAUCAUGGAACGGGAAGAAGAGGUCCCCCAACUUUUGACGUGAAUUCCCGCGCAGGUCUAGGCGCACUUCAUUCUGGAAUAGGACAUGCCCAUUACUCGGGACUACUUUCAACGAUUGGAAUAUCGUCUCUGUCUUCGAGUAACUUUAAAAACCGCGAGCGAGAAAGUGGAAAGGUAGUAGAAGAAGUCGCCAGGGAGUCUUGUCAACGAUUUAACGAUGAAGAGAAGAGAUUAUCGUCAACUGGGGAAGAAGAAAUCGUAAAAGUGGGUGUGUCGUACGACAUGGGUUGGAGAAAAAGAGGCCGUAGUCAUGAUUCCUCGUCAGGAGUAGGAACAGCAGUAGGCUUGCAGACCGGCAAAGUCAUCAGCUAUGCCACUCGUAACACAAUUUGUCGGGUUUGUGCUGAAGCGCAAAAAAAGAAUCAGGAAGCAGUCGCACAUGAUUGCCGCAAGAACCACCAAGGCUCUUCCAAAAGCAUGGAGGCUAACGUAGCUGUCGAGUUGUUUUCUGGUGCAUUGAGCAGUGGUGUAGCUUACACUACUUACGUGGGGGAUGAUGACAGCGCCACAGAAAGUCAUCUUAAAACGUUAGUUACCUACAAUAUCGAGAAAUGGAGUGACAUAAACCAUGCAAGUCGGGCGCUAGGAACGCAUUUAUACGCAGCAAAAGGGAAGGUGAAAGGCCUGACACCGAAUAUUAUAUCCUACAUUCAGAGGUGCUUCACUUAUUGCGUUAACCAAAACAAGGGCCAGCCAUUGUUGUUAAUGGAAGGAUUUUCCGCCAUAGUACCUCACGCAUUUGGAGAUCACAAUAAGUGCAGCGCAUCCUGGUGUGGCUACAAAAAAAGAUCCAAAAGGUUAUAA